AGGCUACUUCUAAUCCUUCGUAAAUAUCCACCAGCAUAAUGGCAGCCGCGAACGUAGAAGAUCAACGACUGACUGCACCUGAGGAGCCCCGUCGUCGCGUCCCGUUCCUCACUGUCGUCGAUCCUGCUGGUGACGCGGCAUUUGAUGCGUCAACGCCAUCGCGAAAAGAGAUCAAGCAGAACAUUAAACAUCUUGAGUAUGUGUGCUCGGGAUGUGGAGAGGAGAAGAGAGCUGAUCAAAUGAAAGCUUGUGGUCGAUGUAAGAUUGCUAGAUAUUGUUCUACUCAGUGUCAGAAAUCCGACUGGAAAAGACACAAGCUGGACUGUGUCGUGCCUUCCGAAGGUGGCGAUGUAGGUCAAUAUCGGGAUGUCACCCUCAAGCUUGCCGCACGCGUUGGUGCCAAUGAAGCCCUUAUGGAUAACAUUCUCUUGCAUUCCGUUCUGCAGCUGGGACUUCUCCGCGACUCUUCUUUAGCCGAGAAGUAUGUCAUUCGGGUAACGUGCGGCAACUCUCCAGCCGAUUUGCAAGGUUACAUGAAUGGCUUGAUCAACGGAGACGGUCCGCCAGAAGACGUUCAAGUGUUAUUGACAUGCCAAGCAAUUGACCGUAUACCUCUUGAGGAAGCUCCACCCUUGGUCCGGAGGUUCGAAAUGGAAAAGAGGGCAAGAUACAUCCAGUCUGGUGGCAGAGAUCCAUUCGUCAUCAUCUAUUUCGUCAACGAAGAGGGCGAUAUGGGCGUGUCUAUCCAUGGUCGACCUGUUUGUGAAGCAAUGCUUGCCUAUAUGUCAACAAAACCUACUAUGGAGAUCCGGUCGGCAAUGUUUGGUACGAGUGUCGUGCCACUCGAUGAAAAGGCUAUCAUCCAGCAAUUCAAUAACAUGAUCCGUAUGGACAAGUCAAACAAGUUCAAGUUGCGAUCUUACCCGAUGCCCAAGCCAACGCAAGAUCCUGUGAAUGCUUCGAUUGAAGAGGCCUCAAGUUAGGCGGAUUUUUCUGUCGAAUCACUUUGGCAGCAGUGUUGUCCUGUCUCUUUGUACCAAAUAUGUAUACCUGUCCUAGGAGAGCAUUGCGGAUUUUAUGCUGGCCAUAUGUGCUGUCAAAUUGAAGAAGCAACGUCACCGAG